CGCCAAACGCGGCCCUCCUUGGGGGGCGGGGCGCCCAGACGUGCCCUGGUUCCUGGGGCCGCCCCGCUGUUAGGGGCUUUGUUUGAUACAGGGCCUUAUUACCCGUCCUGAUCGGUCCCCCGGCUCUCCGGUCUCCCUCCGGGAGUGGGCGUGGCAGUGGAUGGACCCCAGCCAGAGCCAGCUAGAUUUAGGCUUCUCUCAGCAGGACACUCCCUGCUUGAUAGUUGAGGACUCCCAGCCAGAGAGUGCAGUGAUAGAGGACACUGCUCAUGGCUGCCUCAGGCUGCUAGCCCUACCUCUUCCCAACUGCCAGAGCCCAGUACUGGUGUCUAAUGAAGAACGGGAGAUGCAGAAAUCAGGUACAUGUGUUUUACAGGAGAUAAUGACCAGUCCUCAGGGUAGCAAACUGGCUGCUGGUGGAGGAGGAGAAGACAGAGGCCAUGAGGAAAAGCCGCUCACAGAGUCCACGGACAGUUCUACCCAUCUGGACACGACUGGUUCACUCAGCCAAGUUAUUGAUCGAUUGCCUCAGCCUACCAAGAACAACAGGGUUCCUGGGAUAGUAGCAGCUGCUGCUGAGGAAGCAGGUGAAGAUGCCUCACACUGCACUACCCACUUGCCGGGUGCUGAAGAUUCUGGCACAUCGCAAUUGGGUUUUGGAGCUCUGGAACUCUCACAAAGCCAGGACUUCGAGGGAGACUCAACAUUGAGUGAAGAGGGCAGAGGGCACCAGCUUCAGCCAGCAGGCACUGUCCCUAUCUGUUCUAAUCCCAUGAGGAAUGACCCUAAUGAGGAGCUGCACAUAGUUAGGAGUGAAGCUCUGUCCACUGGAGAAAGUUACACUGGUGUACCGUGCCAGCAAGAGAAGUCUGGAAGGUCAGAGGUUAUGUCUAGCUCUCCCAGAAUUCCACAACAACACAAAGAGAUCAGCAGGAUACAAAUGUCUGUCUGCAACACGCUUGAAAGUGAGUUGCCUGCUGAGAAGAGACCUGAUCCUUGUCUGCAGGAGUCAGAGAUUUUGUCAACUCAGGAAGAUAUGUUUUCCCAGAGCCACACAACAGCUUCAGAGAGUGACUGUACCAUAACCAGGGUGGAAGUGGGAGGUUCCGUGGCAUGCACCCCUGCUGGCACUCUGCACCUCCUGCAUCUCUCUGGGCAGGGGUCCCUUGGUCAGGAGAGUCUUUCCACUUAUUCUUCAGGCCUAAUUACUCCUUCUCCUGGUGCCUUUGGAUCCCAUCCUCUUAUCAUCCCCAGCAGUCCCACCGAACAGGAAGAAACAAAAGAUGAGCAGAUGGAUAUAUCUGCUCCAGCAGAAGGAGGAGACCUUCUACAGGAGAAGCAGAGAGGAGAUGAGCCAGUAGAGGUUGGCAAUCCACCUCUCCCACCAGGACCGCAUGUACUACCACAGGUUUCAACUCCUGUAUCCCAGAGCGCCCCAGCCUUUGUUCCUGGAUCCUUCCCUAUACCAUCACAACCAGAGUUUUCCCAUGAUAUUUUUAUUUCAACUCCGAGUCUGGAGGAGAAGCCUAGUGGAGAAGAGAAGGGUGGAGUUUUACCGGGUUCAUGUUUGCCAGCAGAUGUCUCUGAAACCACAGAGGCUCUGCCAAAGAUCCCCACAGGAGAUCCUGAAUUGUCCUGUAAGCUAGUACUCUCUGCAAGUGAAUGCAGUCAGCCCAUUAGGACAGAAGGCAACACAAGCUCUCUGAAAAUCAACCAAGACAGUGAAAACACACAGACUGAGAUGGAUUCUACACUGCAAGCUUCAGAGCUGAAACCCUAUUCCACAGAAAGUUACAGCAUGCAACUAAGGCUGAGUGAGGACAGCCAAGCCCCGCUCAGUGAGAACUGUGAAAAGCUGAAAAGAGAGGCUGUGUGGGCUACAGGAGAACCUACCAUUUGUCCUGUUGCUGAAGGUGUAGCAGCAGAAGGGUCUGUAGCACAGAUGGCUUGCAUUGAUCUCACAUGUGAUUCUGGAAGCCAGACAGCUGCAACUCUGUCUGUUCAGUCUGAGACUUCAUCACACACUCUGGGUCAAGAAGCAUUGACUGAGAUCAAGGAAGAGUUAUCAGGAGAGGCGUCUGAGUUUGAAGCAGUCCCUAGGACUCUAUGUGAGGAACAAGGAGGAGAAAGGCAGGCAGAAGAGAAGCAGCUAAAUGAAGAGGGAUCCUUUGACCCUCUAACUCUGUCCCAGGGGCUGAUUCUUCUAAGGGAAACGCAGGAACAUGAAGGCCAGGAAGUGAUGGAAGUGGAAUCCAGUGAGGCUUUUGGCAAAAACUCAGAAAAACUAUGUGACCUGAGCCAUGGGUUGGUACAGAUGGAUCUAGAGACCAGGAAAAAAGAAACAUCUAAAGAUUUUAAUGUGGUCACUGAAGUUAAAAGCAUGAAGGAUCUGUCCCUGAAGGCUGCUCCAGAAGAUGUGCCAAAGCUCAGUGAAGUUCCCCCUCAGCCUUUUGUGGGAGAGUCAUUGCAACAGCAGGAAAGCUCAUGGCCCCAGGUAAAGGUGGAUGUUGCCCCAGGAUUAGCAUCAUGUGCCAAAAAGUGUCCAGGCAGUCAAGGAAACAGGAGUCAAGCUGAAGGUGACCUGGAAUUGAAGCAAGUUCAGAAGGAUGAGCAGCCACCUCCAGCUCCUUUAGAGAGAGGGGUUGAAGUGCCAGCAACACCGCAGGAGAGCCAGCAGCCACUUCUGAUGACCUUGGAGAAGGCAGCGGAUAUGCCUGAAAAACCAUUUAAAACAAGUAAUCUGGAGCAGGAAGAGGAGAGGGCAACUGAGCAAUCCCCCUGUCUAUCCAGUGGAACGCUGUUUCAUUUCACUUUGCCAAAGGAAGGUGAUGUCAUUCAGCCCUUGACCAGUGUGACCCCGUCUCUUAUUGGGCAGCUUAAAAUGGGACCCAGAAGACACAGCACUCCUAUUGUGGAUGGCAGCUGCCCAAAUAGAACCAUAGUAACCAGCGAUGUCACAGCAGAGGGCAGUAUUGGGACCAAUGAUGUCACUGUGGAGAGCGCUAUGGCAUCAGCAGAUGCGUUGGAAGAGUGUGAAAAGGGGGAUUCUGGUGCAGCUCUUGAGGCUGAUGGAAAACUCUGUCUUCGAAUGAGCCUUGCUACCCCUGUGAGCGAGGAGAGUGAGGGGAGUCUGCCCUUCAGUCUGGAAAAGCCUGCAGCCAGUGAAAGGAAAAAUGGAUCCUCUGCUGUUGCUGGGGCUGUUGCCAGCUCACAGAAGACACUGUCUGUGUUUAGUCGUGUCUGUGAAGUCCGACGAGAGGAUGAGGCCAGAGGUCAUGAUCUUCCUGCUUCUCCAUUUAGGGGGAAUCUGUUCAGUUUCCCAAGCACACAGGAGGAGGAGGAGGAGGAGCUGCAUGACAAUCCUGAAGCUUGGCAACAACGUCAGAAGCACAUCCCUUGUGGGGAAAUUAAAGUUUCUCAGCCUGCAGAGCAGGACUCCAAACAUCAGCCAUCCCAUGCAAAAGAGGGAGAGGCUAUGGAAGUUGAUAUUGAAAGGGAUCUGGAAAAGGAAGGGAAGAGCACACAGGAGAAGCUGAGUAAGGCACUGGCAACCCAUGAGAGGGAUAAAGGCCAGCAGUUGUGGGCUGGCACCAGUAACAAAGAGGUCCAAACUACAGAAGGUUCUGUUUUGGCCCCAGCAGCUGUGUCAGCAGCAACACAGACCAUGACAGGAGUGAGCAGUCAGGUAGAAGUGGGAACAAGUAUGGCUGGGCAAAGACCUGGCCAACAAGAUGCCAAGGUCCAAACUGAGGAGAGUGGAGAGAAGCUUGCGAAUGCCCCUGGAGAUGACACUGAGUCUCUGCCCAGCCAGGGAGAGGAGGAGUUUAACCUGCCCCAGCCACCCCGAGGCCGCGUCCAGCAUCGCCACAUGCGAACCAUCCGUGAAGUGCGCACAGUUGUCACACGUAUCAUCACAGAUGUUUACUAUGUAGAUGGUGCUGAGGUAGAGCGGAAGGUGACUGAGGAAACUGAAGAGCCCAUAGUGGAUUGCCAGGAGAGUGAGACAGACAUCUCCCCCUCCCGAACAACAGGGGGCUCGUCACUGACCUCCGGGGACCUUGGUGAUAUCAGCUCCCUUUCAUCCAAGGUCUCGAGUCUCCAUCGUACAUCUAGUGGAGCCAGUAGUGGCAUGUCAGCUACACAUGGUGGCAGUAGCUCAGGGAGGGGAGCUGGAUCUUUCAAAGGGAAAGUCAGCGGAAUGGAAGCUGGAGAGUUUGCCUUACCCAGUGGUAGAGGAGUCCUAGGAAAAUUGAGCCCUAGAAAAGGGGCUGGCCAGCCAGGGUCCCCUCUCAGGGCCGGUCAGACAGGAGCAACAGCAUGUGAGGAGGAUGAAGACCCAGCACUUGGCAUUCGACAGGGUGGGAAAGCACCUCUUACACCCCGUGGGCGAGGGAGAAGGGGCCGCCCGCCAUCUCGAGCAACUGGAACAAGGGAUGCAGCUGGGAGUGGCCUGCUAGGGGUGGAAGAUAUCUCGACUACAGCAUCACCAGAGGAGAAGCCCUUUGUGCGCAUUGUGGUUCGCCCACCAGAUGGUGGGGACAGAUUUGAUGCUGCUGGCCCUUGCACUUUGCGCCGAAGUGACUCUCCAGAAAUUCCCUUGCAGGUGGUGGCAGGUCCCUCGGACAGUGCGGACUUAUCCUCUGGAAGCAGCUUUGUGGGCCUGCGAGUUGUAGCCAAGUGGUCCUCAAAUGCCUACUUCUAUUCUGGGACAAUCACCCAGGAUGUUGGGGCAGGGAAGUACAAGCUGCUGUUUGAUGAUGGAUACGAGUGUGAUGUCUUAGGCAAAGAUAUUUUACUCUGCGAUCCCAUUCCACUGGAAACUGAGGUGACUGCGCUCUCUGAGGAUGAGUAUUUCAGUGCAGGUGUGGUGAAGGGACACCGGAAGGAGUCUGGAGAGCUGUAUUACUGUAUUGAAAAGGAAGGCCAGAGGAAAUGGUACAAGCGUAUGGCAGUAAUCCUGUCCUUGGAACAAGGAAACAAGCUUCGGGAGCAGUUUGGACUGAGUCCGUAUGAACCAAUCACACCUCUGACCAAGGCAGCUGAUAUCAGCCUAGAUAACCUGGUGGAGGGGAAGCGGAAGCGGCGCAGUAACUUUGGCUCACCCAGCACUUCCAGCAGCAGCACUACACCCACUCGCAAAGGACUGGAGAGUCCGCGUGUUGCCCCAGGCCUGCUGUCUGGGAAGAGGAAGCUAAUUGCCUCCGAAGAUGAGAGAUCCCCAGCCAAACGAGGGCGCAAGUCUGCAGCAAUGAAACCUGGGGCUGUGAGGGCAGGUGAAUUUGUGAGCCCUUGUGAAAGUGGAGAUCACACAGGAGAUCCCUCGAUGCUGGAGGAGCAUCAUGGGCCAUUGCCCCACAACAAGACCCUCUUUCUGGGCUAUGCUUUCCUUCUCACUAUGGCAACCCCCAGUGACAAACUGGCUAUUCACCAGAAGCCAUCAGAUGGUCCUGCAGGAAGUAGUGAGGAAGAGGAAGAAUUCUCAAUUCCUUACAACAAAGAGUACACAGCAUUGCAGCUGCGAACUGGAGCCGGCUACAUCCUGGAGGACUUCAAUGAAACCCAGUGUAACGCGGCAUAUCAGUGUCUCCUGAUUGCAGAUCAGCACUGCCGAACCCGGAAGUACUUCCUGUGCCUUGCCAGUGGAAUUCCCUGUGUAUCUCAUGUCUGGGUCCGUGACAGUUGCCAUGCUAACCAACUUCAAAACUACUGUAAUUAUCUUCUCCCAGCUGGCUACAGCCUCCAAGAGGAAAGGCUGCUGGAGUGGCACCCCCGAGAGAACCCCUUUGGUAACCUGAAGGUUCUUCUGGUAUCAGAUCAACAGCAGAACUUCCUGGAGCUCUGGUCAGAAAUCCUCAUGACAGGGGGAGCAGCAUCAGUUAAACAACAUUACUCGAAUGCCCAGAACAAAGAUAUUGCUUUGGGGGUGUUUGAUGUGGUGGUGAGUGACUCGUCCUGCCCAGCUGCUGUCCUGAAGUGCGCGGAAGCGUUACGGCUGCCUGUUGUGUCGCAGGAGUGGGUUAUUCAGAGCCUCAUUGCUGGGGAGAGAGUUGGCUACAACAAGCAUCCAAAAUACAAACAUGACUAUGGCCCCUGCUAAUGCCACCUUGUGUCCUGCCCUCCCUGCUGGUGUGAAGACUGUGUUUUUAAUCAGGUUUUAAAUGUCUCUGUGUUACUGGCCACAUGCAUGGAUCACUGUAUAUAGUUUUAUUUGCUGGACUUUUAUGAUGAAAUAAAUGUUGAAUCUCUUGUGGUAA